GAAAAAACACCUCAAAUGGCCUCUUGUUCGACGUUUCUGCGCCGCAAAGGGCUUUUGGACGCCGUCGUCGUUUUUACCGCGACGCAGCCAAACAGUCGCUCCAUUCCAGAGUUGCUGCUCGGCGGUUUUUGCAGAGAAGAACGUUGACGGAGGUUCAACCGAGGGUGAAAAAUCCAAAGGUUGAUAUUCCGACAAGAACGUGAAGAAGGGCGGCGGGGUUUUCUUGUGGCGCUUCUCACAUUUCAACAGUGCCCUACGCGACAUUGUGACGACCGACGACGGCGAAAGGUAGCACUCACACCAUGCGUUCGACAGCGAUUGUCACCUCCCUUGGCCUAGUGGCAAGCUGGGGCUUUGCUUCAUUGCCUCUGGUCUCUGCCCAGCAAAAAUGCUUUCCUCUCGAGGCAAAUACCCUGUGCGGGAGUGAUUUUAUUGGGUAUCCUGUGCAAAUGCCUUCGUCGCAGUUUGAUACUGCCCUCCAGGCUAUGGCUGCCAACUCUCAAGCAUUGGCCCGAUCGUUGCAAACCGACAGUGGAUGUACGGCAGCCGGCAACAAGACGUUAGCCGCGGUGGAUACCUUGCGGUACCAAAUUUCCAUGUGGUGUGCCGGGGCGGUCAUUGAUGCCAUCGAGGUGGCAAAAUGCCAGCCUACUGCAACAGCCCAACGCUCAAAAGAUCCUACGAUUCUGUGCAGCGAGCAAUGUAAUUUGGCAGUGUCGACCAUGUCAAACCUCUUGAACAAUCCUGAUGUUUGCCCACCUCCGACGAAUGCAAAUCUUACCAAGUCCAGAUCGGACCGAAUCAGUCUGUUCAGCAAUUAUUGUAGCACGGUCGGCAAAAAAGAUCAAUCAAAAUGCAUAAUUGGUGUGGCAACUGAAGCAAAGUCUUGCGGAUUUACGACAUCAUCGGUAGCGCGUGAGCAGUGUCAGGCGCUGACCAAGGACGAUUGCUGCAACCAGUUGAUGGGCCGGAAGGUUGCUGACGAUGGAAAUAACUCGAUCCUAGCUCCUGCACUGGGAACCGCAACCGCCAUCGUCGUUCUUGUUGCCGUGUUUAUUACCUGUUGCGUCUGUCGUCGAAAACGAAACAGGAGAAACAAGAACUCUGCUAGCAAUCGUGAUACCUGGCCAUAUAAUACUCAAAAGCCGUGGGAAAAUAAGGAAGCUGGAAUUUACAAUAAUAUGAACCGUCCUGGAGACAUGCAUUCCAAGGCACCAUCUCCAGAUUUUCGCGACAGCUGGACUCCUCGCGGAAAUUUCGAAACCCAAAUCGACAUUAAACCACCUCAUUCGACAUAUCAGUCGGACAACAUCUCUAUGUCACCCAUCACGACCUCUACCUACACAUCUCAACCCUCGCCAGUGUACCAUCAGGAACCGCUCCAACCUGUAUCGGCGUCGCAGAAUGUCCAGGUUGAUUUGCCGCUGCUCCAACUCACUCUCCAUCUAGCAGGCCCUGGGACGCUCCGGUUGUGACGGCUCAACCUGCUCAGGACCAGUCACCAGUUGAAUCUAACGAAGAAGGAGAAAUCCUCAACAUUCCUAUGAGGGUAAUUCAUCCCUAUGUUCCGUCUCUGGCGGACGAGCUCCCUCUUGAAGCUGGCACUGAAAUCAUCAUGGUUCGCUCUUUUGACGAUGGAUGGGCCUUGGGACUUAUACCUAGCACUGGACAACAAGGUGCCUUCCCGCUGGUUUGCGUCGUACGGCCAGAGGAGACAUCAAAUGACAAUAUGGGCGUUGAGACAACCUUGAAUCUUCCCGAGCCCACUGAUGGCCUUGCGUUUUCAAAGCGUGUGUCGAGCCAGCAGUUUUCCAAAGUUGACUUGAGCCGUUUCGGUACCCUGGAUCGCAGUCUCGGAAGGCCCAAACCUGAGCGUGACAAUCUCCCCGCGCCCAUCGAUACAGUGAAGCCGGACCCCAACCCAAUCACACCCAUGCCCCAUGAGUCAUUUGGACAGCCUGCUCCGGAAGCCAACUUUACGAUCGGCACCUUUGACGAAGAGGAAGAGAAGCAAUCUUUGCCCAUGAAAGCACCUCCGAGGGUAGUCAAACCCCCAUCACCCGAUUCCAAGAUACCUCAAUCGCCGGACGAUGCGAAUCCAUUUACCGGACCCUUUGACGAUAAACACAUAAUUGAAGCGGCGUUUGAUUCCCCCAAAGCACCGACUGCAACCACCUCCGUGACGACUACUGAUCUUCUGCCUAACGUCCAAGGAGGAUCACCGACACUGAGCCUCGCACCUAGUCUUCCGGAACUCCGGCUCAGCACCGUUGAUUUGAGUCUGUCGUUGGAUGGGAUGAAAGCCGAGGUAGUGAGUCCAGGGGAAGAUGACAAGGAUGACAACCCAUUUAGAAUGGGCGGUGACUAGAGGGUGCGUCUCUGGAGUAUUACAGAAAGCACAUUGAUAGAGAUGGCAAGACUCAUAUUGAUUGUUGUUUGCCGUAUAUCAUUUUUACGUAGACUUUGUAACUGGUUUUUGUAUUGAUUAGGCUUUAUUCUUUGUAUAAGUAGAAGCAUACCCCCACCGUGUGGUUUUAGAGUCGAGAACGGUGGGAUGAGUUAGAAGAGAUUAUAUUGAUCGAUAGAAAACUCAAUGAAUACUAGUUCGUGAGCUGAUA